GGGCCCACGUAUACCUUCUAUAAAAGCGAUGGUCCAGCCUGGACGGGCAGCUAUUUUCUAGAAACAGUGGCAUUGUGGUGAUAUCGUACCCGUGGCAGUCUAUCUGUUCGUUAACUUAAGAGGACUGUGCUGUACAAUAUGAUAAGAUUAGUGCUGGCGCUAUUCCUCGUGGGAUGCGCAAAGGUUCAGACGCAGACAACCGUCUGCCAAGGGCAGCCUGACAGUUUCGUGCCCCAUGAGACGGAUUGUUGGCGCUAUUACACUUGCGUCAAUCAGGUAGCCUUCCCGCAAGAAUGUCCCGAGCCGUUUGUUUUCGUGAGCGCUACCCAAAUGUGCGACUAUGGUGAUCGAAAUGCUUGCGUCAGCUGUCCUGCGACGGGAGUGGCAAACUUCCCAGUAACCGGUUCCUGUACCCAAUUCGUUCAAUGUAUCGAGGGAGUGCAGUUCAGUCGUGAAUGUCCGACCGGUACGCAGUUCGACCAAGCGAAGGGCCAGUGUAACAUUGCAUCGGCAGUCAACUGUGUCGAGUUGAACUGUCCAGCAGUGGACGAUCCACAGAACCCAGUCUUCAUACCGGACACGAGCAAUUGCCAGAACUACUUCAUCUGUAUUGGUGGGGAAGGAUUCCCCCAGCAGUGUCCCACGGGUACCCGGUUCAACCCGGCGUUAAAUGUGUGUGAUCGCGAAUCGGAAGUCGAAUGCCCAGGCGCUCCCGCCCUACCUCAAACAGCACAGGCGUCGCACGGCGCGUUGUGCACCGACAAUAGUGGCAUGACCUUUGAGCCCCUUCCCAACAACUGCAAUUCCUAUAUCAUGUGUCUCAAUUCCCUGGCCUACGAAAUGUCCUGCCCUCCAGGAAAGUCGUUCGAUCGAACAGCUAAACUCUGCAUGAACACUGGCGAAGCUGAGUGCCUGUUCGAUUUCAAAGCGCUGUGCGACGGUACCGGGUACGGGAUAAACACUGUCGCUUAUCCAAACGACUGCUCGAAGUAUCUGUUGUGCAUCUUCGACGAAGCGUAUGAAAUCCAGUGCUCCCCUCACGAGCGAUACGAUAUUCGCACGAACCGGUGUGUGGACGCCAGCCAGGCGCUCUGUGUGUACGACACGCCCGCAAUCUCUGAUCCGAAACCGUUCGUUAAUCCCUGCGCAGAUAAUGUGGGAGUCAACUUGGUACCGGACCCUUCCAACUGCCAGCGCUAUUUUACCUGCAUCGAAACGCGCAGUUUCGAAGGUACUUGUCCCGGAAAUCAAAUAUUCGAUAUUGUUUCCCGGAACUGCGGUAAUGUGAAACAAUCGACCUGCAUUCGGGAUGUCUCCCCGUCCCCGCAACCACCACCACCACCACCACCUCCUGCUUCCCCGACUCCAAGCCCUAGACCGCCCGGACCAGGGCCGGCACCAUCCCAUUCUAACAAUCCCUGCCGAAACAAUAACGGCGUCACCUACAAACCCCAUGCAUUAGAUUGCACGCGCUACUACAUGUGUAUGGACACGCAAUCGAUUGAACGAACCUGCCCAUCCGGUCAGGUGUUCGACGUCUACCGAACAGCCUGCGGUCCCAAACAGACGUCGACGUGCGUCAUGGACAUUAAUCCUUGUAUUGGAAACAAAGGCAUUUCGUACAAGCCACAUCCCAGCGAUUGCUCGCGUUAUUACAUGUGUAUGGAUGAACAAUCGAUCGACCGAUCGUGCACUGCCAACCAGGUUUUCGAUAUCUAUAAAUCUACCUGUGGACCGGAGCAAUCUUCCACCUGCAUACUGGAUCAAGAGUCCGUGGAACCGUUCCCCACACCAUCGCCUCCGAGCCCUACCCCUUCGCCUCCGAGUACUACCCAAUCGCCUCCGAGUCCUACUCCAUCGCCGCCGAGUCCUACUCCAUCUCCCCCAAGUCCUACACCCGCACCACCAAGUCCUACACCCGUUCCCCCAAGUCCUACACCAGCACCGCCCGCAAAUAACCCUUGCGCCAACAAUCAAGGUAUAGCUUAUUUGCCACAUCCACAAGACUGCAACCGGUACUAUAUGUGCAUGGACCAGCAAAUGCUCGAAAGAACUUGUGCAGCUGGGGAGACGUUUGACAUUUACACCUCCAAAUGUGGUCCCAGCGAGACGUCAACGUGCAUCCUGUAUCCGAAACCUCCGACAAAUCCCGAAGAUGUGCCUACGCCACCGACUCCACCACCAAAUUUGCUACCCUUGUUCGGUUGUCCUGCAACGGGCACCGUGAAUGUGCCGCAUCCCUUCGAUUGCAACUUGUACUACCUGUGCGUCGAAGGCCAAGCAUUCCAGCUUAGCUGUGGCCCCAACUUGGUGUUCGAUAUACAAAUUAACCAAUGCAACAGACCAGAAGACUCGAUCUGUGCAGCAGACCUCGUCACUCCUCCGACUGCUGGACCGGGCGAUGCGACACCGGCCCCAACGGUACCAACGUUACCAACACCGCCAACAGUUGGUCCUCCGAGUGAUGCCACACCACCCGUACCUACCGCACCUACUCCGCCCAGUACAGUAGAUGAUGUUCCGACAGUUCCUACAGUUGCACCUUCCAUUCCUACUGCUCCCACGGUGACGGGAACUCCAGCCCCUGUUCCUACCACGGCGAUUCCGCCGCCAUCGGAAGUACCUACCGCUCCGACGGCAGCACCAACAAUUCCAACCGUUGGUCCCACGCCAGCUCCUACUCCAGUCCCAACUGCUCCCUCUCCGUCCCCAACUGUCCCUACACCAGCGCCUACUCCUGCACCUACUCCUGCUCAUACGCCUGCUCCUACUCCAGCACCCACACCUGCUCCAACUCCAGCACCUACACCUGCACCAACACCAGCUCCCACGCCUGCUCCUACUCCAGCACCAGGCACACCGCCACAUUGCCCACUUGAUCAAACGUUCUAUCAUCCGCACCCAGACUGCACGAGGUUCUAUCGCUGUGUGUGGGGCACACUACACGUCAUGCAGUGCCCCCCGAACCAGUACUGGAACCAGGAAAGAGAGUUCUGCGAUCAUCCAUUCAAUGUAACCUGUCCCUCGACAGGUAAAUACGCUGCAUCGUACGUUUCACCGGGCUUGCAGUUGCCCACAAACGAAAUGCCGCUCGAACAGUCAUCCACCAUGCUCACCGGGAAGUUCGGUGUGUUUCAAGGGCUGAUCAUAACACUGAUUGGUUCGGUACAAGUUGCCCAGUGUUGUCCCGCACUGAGACAAUGCUUCCCAGAUACAGUGGCUACCGUGCCUUGUCGAGGCAGUGCUACCCCGGAGUGGACUACGGAACCAAGUGAUACGGAUUGCAGCGCUUACCUGUCAUGCUUCAAUGGUGUCGGUAUUAAAAUGUGCUGCCCGGAGGGAAUGUACUACAAUCCUGUCACGCAACUUUGUGACGAUGAAAGCAAUGUGGAUUGUCAGAUCGAGCCACCACCUUGUGAAACAACGACAAACGGUCCUGAUACUACAACGACCACGGGCGCAGGAGAACCAACAACGGCAACAACGGACAGUGCGGAUACUACAACGACCACGGGUGCAGGAGAAUCAACAACCGCAACAACCGAGACUGCGGAUACUACAACGACGACCUCGGGUAGUGAAGAAUCAACAACCACAACAAUCGACAAUGCGGAUACUACAACCACGACCACGAGUACAGAUGAAUCAACGACACAAGAUCCUAACGCACCAACGACCACUACGAAUGAUGCAGAUACAACAACGACCACUACUGAAGGCACAACUUCCACCGUAGCCGCUGAAACCACUACCGUUGAAGCAGGGGUAGAUUUGGCAGCCCUUUGUGCGGCGCAACCGACGGACUCGUUGGUAGAAGUGGCGUACCCGGGCGAGUGCAGUAUGUACGUGCUGUGUGAAAAUAGGCAACCCGUAGCGACAGAGCUGUGUCCUGCCGGGCUACACUUCAAUUCUAUUCUAGCCGUCUGUGAUUCACCCGAUCAUGCGGAAUGUUUGGAGUUUGUGUGUCAGAACAAUCCCGAAGGAAGCCUAAUAGCGGUGGGCAGCUUAAACUCAUGCCAAAGAUAUUUCAUAUGCAUCGGCAAUGUAACUAUCGAGCGGUUCUGUGCACCGGGUACCAUCUACGAUGCCGAAAACGGUUGGUGCUUGGUGGACGAUGGUGAAAACCCAUGUGUACCCGAUCGACUUCCUCCUCCACCGGACACGGUCAUCGACCAGUGCACGGAAGAAAUGGAACUAAGCAAAAUAGCUCACCCUACGCUGUGUGAUGUAUACUUCCGGUGUCUUAACGGUCGGCUUUGGGUGCGCCAGUGCCCGGCAGGGCUUUACUUCGAUCCUGAGCGCGGCCAGUGUAAUCUGCCGGAUUUUGUGACCUGUGAAGAGGCCCCAAUAAACUACAACAUUUCAACGUAGGUUAGAUACCCAAUGAGUACAACUACUAUUUGCUAUCCGAUGCUGCCAUAACUACGGGGUGAUAAAAAUUCUAAUAGAUCAAGCUCUGAAUGAUCACGAUCUUCAAAUAAACUCUGAUGAAUGUUCCCUUCCAA